AUCAAAUAUUAGCUGUAAACUCACAAAACUCAUUUUGGUUUUUGAGUUUGAAACAAGUUGAGAGGGAAUCAUGGUCACCUCAAAGAGAAACCUCCAGUUUACAAGCUGACAAGAGGCUUAAGUGUCAUUUUGGGUCAUCCUUGAAACAGAGUCGUGUUUUGGAUCGGGUCUCGUCAGACAGCGGGCCGGUGUGGUGGGCUGUCCCGGUGAAGGGCGGCCGCGGUGGGACAUGUGGAGCAGAGGAGGCGGGUCGUCUCGGUCGCUGCGCGCCGCGCUCCCCCUCCCUGCGCACCGCGCCGCACGGCUCUGCGCGGAGGCCACAGCAGCCGAGAGGACUGCAUCUCGUCCUCCAAGACCGAUCAUCCGGCGUACUCUAUCCUUGGAUGCCAUCGUUGGACCAUAUCUGCAGGGACAGUGGCCAAAGGAAGAAGAUAGCCUGGCUCUAAGCUGUGACAAUGACAAAGCCACACAGACACCACGUUCUUGGACAGAGGAGUCCCGGGGAAGGAAGGGCAUCGGUGGACACAAACGCUCAGCGUCAUGGGGCAGUGCAGAACACUUGAGGGAGGUGGCCAAGCUGAGACACCAGUUGCAGAAGCGCUCCCGUCAUGCUCCUCCCCCGGCAGGAUCCGAGACCUCUCAGCAGCUCCCACCUGCAGGCCACACUGCAGGCUUCACUCAGAUUAUGCCACUGAACAGAUUGGUGCCUCGAUUGCGACGUAGUGUUGAGGGUCUUAAUCUGGAGCUAGAAGAAGUUUUUGUCUCGGAGAAGUCUGAUGAUCAACAUGAGUUUUUGGAAGCCCCAGAUGGACACAGGGCCCCUGUUCCUGCCCAGAGAUGUAGCAGUGGCUCCCAAAGUGAUCCAUCCCCAGCCCCCAUGGAUCCUGCCCUUCUCUCCCCAUCUCAGUCCCCCUGUUCCCUGAAUCCUUCACUUUUGUUGCUGUCACAUUCCCCCUGCCCCCUGGACCCUCCUCUCUUGUCUCCAUCACAGUCCCUCAGCCCCAUGGGAGAGCCAGAGCCAGUGGAAUGUGAGACCUUUUGCACGUCACUUCCUCCCUUUGCUCCGCAUUCGACUCCGAUUCAGCUCUCCUCGCCCCACCCCAAUAAAAGCUUUCAGCGGGAGCCACCAGAGGGCUGUGAGCGGGUUCGUGUGUGUGAAGAAAACAUAUCUCCCUGCCAGGAUGAGCCCGUCCCCCUGCCAUCUUGCCCUGAUCCCAACAAAGUUAACUUUACCUCCCAUGGGGGCUCAGCCUUCUGUCCCGUCAGUCUUCUGAAGCCCCUCUUACCCUCGAUGGACCUUCUGUUUCGUGGUCUGUCGGUCUCUCCUGUCACUGGCUGCCCAGGUCAAGUCUCACCUACCAGGCAGCUGGGCAUGCAGUAGGUGGAUGCCCCUAACCACCUACCAGACAGCUGGGCAUGCAGUAGGUGGAUGCCCAUAACCACCUACCAGACAGCUGGGCAUGCAGUAGGUGGAUGCCCAACAGGACCACGCCACACUGUAAACAUAGCCUGGAGAUUUGAUUUUGGACCUAGACAAGUGGAUGCAUUUUAUAUGCAGGAUUACAUGGAGUACUUGUCGUCAUUCUGUCCGCUACUACUGUAACAUGUUGUUUCUCCAUCAAUCUGAUCAAAAUCGGCUAUCAGAAGAGAACAAGGAACUUUAAGAGUUUAUUGUUGUUGUUGUUGUUGUUCUAAAACAUUGUGGUUGACUGAGUUAAUAAUGACCUCUGACUGCUUGGGAGCUUGAACUUUUAUAUUUGUGUGAUCAGUAUUUAAAUGUUCCCAGUAUAGACCCAUUAUGGUCAUGAACUAGGUUAUGAAGCCCUCAUAUUGGGGAAAAAAAGUGCUGCUUUUUACAGAUUACUGAACCCUUGAAAUUUCCAUCUAAUUGGUGUGAAAAGCAUUUUACGUGUUUCAGCAUAUUGGAUUAAGUCUGUUGGUGGUUAUAUGUUAGAUGUCAAAAUAAGUGAAAUCUGGUUCAAAACUUCAAGCACUUAGUUCUCCUAUAAACUCUCAUCUCCAUUAUUAAGGUGCUAUUUGUAAAUCUUGAAAUCUGACUUAUUGUUCAGCGGUGUGAAUUUGAAGAUUAACAAACCAAAGCAAGCAAGACAAACAAAUUCAAAGAGAAGUAGUGGAUAUAAUAACAACAACAAUAAUAAUAAUAAUAAUAAUUAAUACUAUCAGUAAUAAUAACCAUUACAUUUAUAUAGCGCUUUUCACAGUGAAGGGGGUAACUCAUCUUAACCACCACCAAUGUGUAGCACCACCUGGGUGAUGCACGGCAGCCAUUUUGCAUCAGAACGUUCACCACACAUCAGCUUGAGGUGGAGAGGGAGGAAUCAUUUGUGGCAUGUUUGUAGACACCUGCGAUUUGUGAGUGUUCCCAGUACAUUUACUUUUCUAUCCAUAGUUUGCCAAGGACUGUGAUUGAGAGGCAUGUCUUUUGCAGGGAUGAGGUGUCAAACAACAACAAAAACAACGGAGCCAGCCUGGCUCCUGUGUUUUUAAAUGCAAACAUCUGAUGAGUGGGUGGUUGUAAUCCGUUUACUUUGUUUCAGUCAGUAUCACUCUGUAACCCCUGCUGAUUUUUACUGGUCAUAUUAUGCUUGUUCCACAUACAGUCUUUAAGGAUCAUUAAAUUCAGAUAAACUUAGAUACCUGACUUGAUAGACUUUACUGAUGAAAGAUUGAUACACCUCCCCAGUAAAUUAAUAUAUCUGAAUUUUGAUGAAUAAUCAUUUGAAGAUGGAUACAUUCGUUAAGUUUUUAUUGGGCCUGUAGUUUUAGAGUGCUUUUGUAUUGAUGUAUUUUUAAGAGUUUUUACUUGAAUUUCUUUUUUUGGAACGCGUAAGAAAGGUAGUGCUAUUGUUAUAUUCAAAUAGGUGAUACGCCAAUAAGCCCUUGAAGACUACCUUUUCUAUUUACACGUUCAGUUUGUUAAUUGUGAGAAAUAGAUUUAAUGGGCUAGUUUUGCCUCACGAGUCUGCUAAUUGUAUUUGUUAUAAUUACGGCUAGUAUAAAGUUGUCCUAACUGGCUAGAAUUUAACCUUUCUUGUUCAUUGCCAUCCACAUAGGCUACUAUUAAGAGCAAGGUGUAUUUCGUUCGUUCAUUCGUUCAUUCAUUCAUCAGCCGCU